CACGUGGUAUGACACAGUGACAGAAUUAGCAGCGCGCAAUAAACUCUCUGCCGCAGCGGCGGUUGGGCAGGUCCGAGCUGGCACCCAAGUUGCGCUCAUGGCGCUCAUCCGCGGGUGCGUGGAGCAGGCACCUCAGGGGCGCUUCCGGCAGAUCGCUGUGGCGGCGCAGAUUGUGUCACAUCACGCCGUGAGCAUGGCAGCAGCCAUGACAGCUGCAGCUGUGACUGUGAGCAGCUUCUGGGAGUGCCAGCAGGGAAGCAGCUCCUCUGAAGAGGCUGCGAUGGGGAAGAAAGCUGUCACAGAGUGUUUCUUGAUGCUGGAGAGUGCUUCCAAGAAGAGGAGAGCAUCGGACGAGAUGGACGAAGCGGGUGCGGUGCGCGUAACAAAACGCUUCAGGAGAUCUAGCUCGGUGCAUCUGAUGGAUGUCGCCUUGGGGCCGACGACGCCUCCUACCAAGGACCUAGCUCAAAUCCGGAGCAGGAGCGAAGCGCAUGUUCCAAGCAGCAGUGUUCGGCAGUCACAUUCCUGUGUGGCGCCAUCGAGAAAGCAGCUGGAAACGUCCACACUUGGCCUGGAUAAGCUGCCGUGGGAGCUGAAGCUUCGAGUCCUGCAACAUUUGCCGGUUAAGGACUUGUGCCAGAUGUCCCAGGUGAAUAAAAGCUACCACGCGCUGGCUACAUGCGACCUCCUCUGGGCCCUCCAAUGCUACCGCUCUAGUUUCUGUAGAGCAACCCUGGAAGAGUCCUGGAAAUGGAACUACAUGGCUGCAACGAUCGGCAUCGUGCAUGCCAAGUUGCUCGACGACUCCAACCCCUCCCACAUGCUACGGAUACAAGGCGAUGCUUACAUCAUCGACCCCAUGCACGCCUUCUUCACGUCGGACAUCCACCGCUGGCGCUGGACACAAGAGGUCCUCCCAAUCCUUGACGCCCUCCAGAACGCUGACGUCAUCGUGACGUACCGCGGCCUCCAGUGCGCCGUCAUCCAGACCCGCUUCGGCGAGGGUGCGUACCAGGUCACCCGCCGGCGGCGGCCGGUCGGGACCGUCUUCUCGUCGUCCGGUUUCAUGGCAGUCAUUCCGCGAGCGCUGAUGGAGCUGCUCCGGGAGGAGGACGGAACUCCGACCGGAACUGAUGCCGGAAUGGACACCGGAACCGGGACGGACGUCGGAACCAAGAUUGGAACGGGGAGCGGGACGAAGGGCGCGACAAAUCGAUGUGAGGCCGACGAGGGAACGGACGGCGCAUCUGGGAGCGGAACGGAAGCGGAAGCGGAAGCGGAAUGUCGGACGGCAGGAGUGCUGGUGCGGAACCUGGACGGAACGCUGUUCACGAGCCGGACGGGCGACUUUUUGGUGUCCGCGGUCCGGAGAGACCGGGGCACGGUUGAGGCGGCCGUGGGGCUGGACGUGCCGGUAGAUGUACUGGUAACCACGGGCGGCGACUGGUCGGUCGACGAGGACGAUGACGAAGAAGACGACGAGGAACUAGAUGAGGACGACGUGCGCUUCCUCGAGGACGCGAUGUGCGCCGAAAAGGCGCCCGCGCGCGCGCCCGCGGUCGCGGCCGCGUCCAAGAGCGACUCGAGCCGCAGCGAGAGCGGCUUAGGAUCAGAAGACGGGGCAACCAGCCAGGACUGUUCCUGCAUCUCGGCGUCGGACGCUCCAGCGGAAUCCGAGGAGUAA